AAACCAUACGCUUAAUUUCGUCAACACUAAAAUAUUUUCAAGUUUGUUAAAUAUUUCAGUGUAAUAUGCUAUACAAAUCAUCGUUAUCCAUUUAAACAGUUUAUUAGUAAUCAAAUAGUUUCACAAUGGACGAAAACAAGUCCAUUUUACACGAAUUAUACGUGUUUUCUGAAUGGAAACCAGAACCCGAAUACAUCCAAAAACCGGAUAAUAUUCUUCCGGAAAAUAUAUCAGCUCUCUGGCGAUGGUUGAAGAUUUUCGGACCUAAAAAGAGCCUUAUUGACAGCAUAGCAGCAUGCAAGGAAAGACAGCAGAAGUGGCACAUAGCGCUCGGGGAUGAGGGCAAGGUGAUUGCAGUCCUGACUGAUAAUAUUCUGGAGAUCAGGACAAAGCGCUCUGAGUAUGCCACCAUAGCAGCUCGGACUACAGUAUCCCGAGAUGCAUAUCCCCAGUGGCGCAAGUUGGUGUGGAGUCCAGACUGCUCAUUCCUGGCCAUGGCUUAUGGGAACGGUGUGGUCAGCUUCUUUGAUCUGACUGCCUCUAACCUCUUCAACAUACCAGCAGAUUGUACAAGACCAGGAGGGCUAGAGUGCAAUGACAACACCCAUGCAGUGGCCGACAUCAUUUUCAUGCCACUCAGGGUAAAGGAUAACAAAUGGAACUGGGAGGUCCUGGUCGUGACAUACGACGGUCGCAUCCGCGGUUUCCUCAUAUCCGUGGAGGGCUGCGAGCUGCACCACUCGUUCAGCUUCCCCGGAGGCGCCGGUACUGUCGUGCCCUGCUCCACGCACAGCACGCUGCUGGUCGCCGGGCUGCCGAGGGCUGCAGUCAAGGACCCGUCCUCACCGCUGAGCGCUGGCAUCACCGCCUGGCGCAUUCUAAACGAAGCGCCCUGGUACAAACUAUCUGUGGUAUCUGACCAGUUGGAGACACAGCUAGCCAACCAAGGCUUUCAGUUUUAUGUACCAUUCGUCUCUACUAAGAACCUGGCUUUCAUAGUCCAAAUGGUGGUAUCCCCGGACAACUCCAAGCUGGUCUGCCUCCACUGCAACGGCGACAUCACAGUGUGGCGUCUCCCGCUCCUCAAGCUGCUGCACCGCUACCCGCUGGCUUCGCAGCCCCAGUGUGACCUGCAGAACCCACUCGUGAAGCAAGAGAGUGAUGCCUUAUCGCACCAUGGGGGUGAUGUCAGCUGGUGGAGCGACGAGGAAGUAAUUCUGUCUCGGUUCAGCGGAGCGGUGUCCGUGUGCAACAUAGAGAACAUGGUCAACAUCCUCGGCAAGAAGCCUGAGUUCUUCCAAGGGGCCCCGAGGGUAACAAUGGCGCACGCCGGAACAUUCAUGGUGCUCGAAUGCGAAUCCAACGUGCUACCAUCUAAAAGAGCUCGUAGCGACGACACCCUGGAAAUAGUACAAAUCGAACCAGACACUGAAGACACGAUGCUCGAUCUGACUCGAGAACUAUUUAAAUGGAUCAUGUUCGCUAUAACUGACAUGGAGACCUUCCAACCCCGGCCAAAAAGAGUUACGGUGGUCGCUCGUGUGUAUAGAUUACUUGGGGUUAGAAGCACUACACCACAGGAGUUAUUUUCUAGAAAGAUCGAGAGCGGCAACUACACUGAAGCUCUGGCGUUAGCGAAGGAGUUUGGACUUGACAGUGAUUUAGUUUACCAGCAGCAGUGGCGCAAGAAUGCCGUUUCCACAGAUGCUAUACAGAAAUACCUGAGUAAAGUAUCGAAGAAGAUCUGGGCAGUGCAUCAGUGCGUGGACCGACUGCCGGAAACACUGCCCGCCGCCAAGGAACUGCUACACUUCGGCCUCAAGCUGACCAACGAGGAAAUACUUCAUGAAAUAAACAAGGACAAAGAGGAGAAGAUAGAAAAGCCAGAUUUGAUAGAACUAUCAGACCUGAAUGCAUAUACUAGUGAGCUGCUUCGCUGCCGCCAUGUGAUGCUAUUUUAUAGGCAGCGCGUCUCGCUCUAUGAAGCAAUACUCCGCUGCGAAAAAUCGACUUACGUAAAAGACGAAUACGACCGCCUCCGCGCCAACAGCCUCGUCCACAGCUCCGUCGAGCUCGCCAAGGAAGGCCGCAUAGAGGCGCUCACUUGUCUGUGGCCGCAUAUCAAAACUGUGCCCAUGCAGUUGGCAGUGCUGGAGAGCUUGCCAGAGACAAUCAAUCCGAUGGACUAUCAGCAUCUGCUGCCGGUGGACAGGAAAUCUGAGUGGACAGAGAGGAGUCCGGUGAAGGUGGAGUAUGAGAGUGAUUGGUGCAGGAAGGAGAUCUUUAGAUCAAUUUGGAGUUCGAACUGGUCUGAAGACAGCUCGCCGGACUCCGAAACGGCCGCUGCUAACGACGAUAUAACUCAAUGGUACGAUAAACGCGCGCGUGAAAUCGAAGCCAAAAGUGGCCUCGCGUCCCACGCGCUCACAUUAGCCACCCUCGCGGCUGACGCUGGUGGCGUGCCCGGCCUGGACUCCCUCAUCUUCCACCUCCUGACCCUGGACGUACUGCUGUACGACCUCAACGUGGAGGGGGUCACGUUGGAACAACUGGAGAAGCUCAGCGCUCUUGAGACCUGCGAACUGCUCAUGAAGAUGUCAACGCCUAAAACAUUCGUGGCCGACCUGAAGCAAUUCGUGAUCCCAUUCCUGAAGCGAUACGAAACUCUGACGAAGCGCGCCGACUGCGUACUUCAAGGACUCAUGGACUAUUUGGAGAGCGUCAGUGUCGACGACCUAUCCUCCAUUUUACUGGUGUUACAAUCACCGAACGAGUUUGAGCUAGAUGUCCGCACGCAUCUAGAUCUGGCAGAAAAGUGUUUGUACGCGUACAACGGGACAGAACAACUGGACAAGGCGUGCGAUCUACUUGACACUAUAUUAAAGGAAACCGACGGAAGCAUCUCCGAAAGCGAGCUGAUACGCCGAUGCGCUGAACUAGAGAAGCUAGUGGCCGCUAGCAGCCUGGUCAACUGGAGAGGGGUGCGGGUCACCGUUCAAGAGUUAAAGGAAAUGCCGCGCGACAAGGAGAGGGCGAGGAUGCUGCUCGCCAGAGUGGCCAGAGACAAAAACCGCGAAGAGAAAUGGACGCAGCAGGAGUGGGAGAAGCUUCUGAAAGACUUGCUCGAGUUGCAAUCCACUUUGCUCAACUGCGUCAGCAAGGAAGAGGUUUAUGAGAUCUACGCUUCAUCUCUCCUGACUUCCGGCGACGAGGCCAGCAUCAAACUGGCUUCAACAGUACUGUCUUGUGGAGGAGGCGCCCCCUCGCGUGUGAUCCCACCGGCGCGCUCGGCGCAGCUGGCGGCGGCCUGCGCGCGCGAGUACUUCAACUCCAGCGGGGAGCUGCGCGAGCCGGCGCUGCAGCGAGCCAAGUGCGCUUUAACCCUAAUCCAAGACGAAAACGAAGAGAUACAGAAGGAGUUGGACCUCAUCGCUUCCUUGGAAAUACUGAGCGCUUUCAACUUGGACAUACUUCCUAUUCAAGUUCGCCUGUGCGAAGAUAGAUUGACGCUGAUUGAGAAGUGUCUGCAGUCGGACCCGAGCGCUUAUAUGGCGAGCAGUAAGCUGCUGAAGCUAGCCAAUUUACUGCGAGUUGCCGGAGACGACGAGCGGGCCAGGGAAGGGCUCGUCCUGCAGCUGGUGACUCGGGCGGCCAUCGCGGCCGGCUCGGGGGGCAUGGCCGCCGCCGCCGCCGCCGCGCGCCGCCUCGCCGCGCUGCGCACCGCGCCCGCCGCGCCGCUGCUGGCCCACGUAGCCAGGAGCGCCCGUGCCCAUGCGGACACUAACGCUAGGAGGGACUUGUAUGCGGCCGCGGUCACCUACGCCGACCCGAAGGCUAUUGAGGAGAUCCUGAGAGAUAGACUGUCGUUGGAGCUGGAGGGUCUGCAGCAGACGGCCGCGGCGGCGCGCGACCACGCGAGCGCCGUGGAGCGCUGGCCCUCUACGGACGAUGAAUUUGCUGACGCUAUCACCACGCCCGUAAUCGAGAAGAAAGACCUGGUAGCUCCGGUUCAGAAAAAGGUCCCACUGUUCAACUAUCUGCUGGAUACGUUCCAAGACAAGUUCUCCGGGGGCGACACAAAGUCUCAACCAACCGACGCAUCAGACCAGUCCAUAUACUGUCAAGAGUUCUACCGUACCCUCUACCCCGAACACAAGACAUCACGUAGCUAUUACAACUACACCACGUUCAGCGCCCCCAACCCGCACGAGCAGAGCGUGGCCCAGGCCGUGCUCAAGUGGUACUACGUGCAGAACUCUCUGGACAACUGCACACCCCAUCUCGAGGGGGAAGUGGUCCAAAAAGUCGCCGAAGAGCUCCUGAAUAAGGACUGUGCCCUCAGCGUGGCGUGCCUGCUCCGCUCGGCUCGGGACUCGCGGCUGUGGAAGCUGCGCCACUCCCGCGCCGCGGUGAGCGCCGCGCUGUACGCCAACGUGCUGGAAUGUUCCGCACCGGACCUCAGGGACAACGUGUACCUCACUAAACCGAAGCAGCUAGCUCGAAUGACUCUCGAAGGCCAGAACGCCUCCGACGAACAAAUGGAAGUGAUCCGUCGUUGCCUCGCCAAGCUCAGCGGGUGUAGUGAAGUGGACCAGAUCAAAUCACUAGGUGUCAACGUCAAUGGCUUACUGUUCUCUGCUGACCCUGACUACCGGCAGGAGAUCGUCUACAGACUCGCCAGAACAGAGCAAAUAGAAGUGAUCCAUCGUUGCCUCGCCAAGCUCAGCGGCUGCGGUGAAAUGGAACAAAUCAAAUCACUAGGUGUCAAUGUCAAUGGCUUACUGUUCUCUGCUGACCCUGACUACCGGCAGGAGAUCGUCUACAGACUCGCCAGGUCACCAAACCCCGAGCACCUGGAGCUGGCGUGUUCCCUGGCCUCCAAAUACGACAUGGACGCCUUAGAAGUGUGGCUGCAGCACGCAGAAAGCGACCCUACUCUCACGAGUUUAAGGUCGAGUUUACCUUGCAGCGACGCUACAUUUCAUACUCGCAUCCGCGAAGGCCUCUGGCCGAAGAUCACCGGCUCCAACCACCACGCGCUGAUCAACUUCUUCUCCAUACUGAAGGGUGUCGACGAGAAACCUCCGCUUUGGGGCCUCACGGCGGCUGAACACAUCAAGCUGCUCAAGAAAGUGAAGGCCGCCUCCAACGAGUUGGACUACAAGAUCCUCCUAGAACCCGCCUCCGAAGCCGAAUUCACCGCGCACAUACUGUCCGUUAUGCGGCCCGAGACCGCCGGCAUGGUCACCAAGCUACUACGGACAUUACCUCCGGCUUUCCAUCUGCCUGUACCUGUCCACACGCUCUUCACCAUGUGGCUCACUAACUACUUCUUCAGUGAACCAAGUAACGGAUCGUCUAACAACAAGAAAUGGAUGCAGCGUUACCGCCAAUGCGCCAGCUACUUCAACAAGCUCGCCAAGAAGGAACUACUGCGGUUCCUGGCCGACGUCUGCUUCAGCGACCAGGCUUUACACACGGUCCCAGCAGGCACGCGGAGUCUGAUGCUGAUGCAGGCCGUGGACUACUGCCAGCAGGAGCAGGAGAACGACUUCAAGUUCACCAAGGAUGAGAUGUCCUGGACGCAGGUCGGGCAAGAGCUGACUCGCUGGGCGCGGUUCCUCGAGAACUACCACUCGGACACCAUACAGGGCAUCAUUGUGAACAGCUGUGUGCCCCGCGACGAGAUAUGGCCGGAGAUAGAGCGAAGCCACGGCGACGCAACCACGCUAGUGCCGCUCACGGGCCGCCUGCUGCUGGCCGGCCUGGGCGCGGCGCCGCUCGCCACGGUGCUGCAGUGCCUGCACAUAGCCACCGACGCGAUCGGCGUGCUGCGACAUUUGGCUGACACAAGUGGACCGAGUGAAGUACCGACCCUCGUGACCCGCAUUAUUCAAUACCACAAGGAAGGCAUCAAGCUCCCCGACGACCUCAUCGAGACCGUCAUGCAGAAGGCCACCGCGGCCGGUCUCCCCCCGCACAAGCAGAUCGGUCUCCUGGCCCUCAGCGACAAGGGACAGAUGGAAGACUCAGGGGAUCUGGCUAAAGUCGCCCAGUAUACUGUGGACUUGAUAAAAACGGAGUUCAGUAAUGAGGAGUACGCUCAGGAGUUAACGGAGGAAAUGCUGAUGACGGAGGACGGCAGACGAGAGGCGUUCAAGCAACUCCUGGAGCUGGCGGAGACCUUCGCUCGCAGGAAGGCGCUCGUAGACGUCGUCAACUGCUGGCCUCCCACCAGGGACAGCGAGUCCCGCAGCAUCCAGUCCCUGUACCUUCAGAACUUACUGUCCGACUGCGAGCAGCACGAGUCGCGCGCGCUCAUCAAACUGCUGCUGCGGCGACCGCAACUCACACAACAGGAAGUAAAAUGGCUGACCUCGGACGUUUCGGGCCUGUCGAUUGUGAGCGCGCUGUGGGUAGUGCUGCUGGCCAAGUGCGACAGGGAGCAGCUGCUGUGGCUGGCCCUUAAACACAAGAAUUACCUCGCUAACAUGGAAAUAGAGGACGACCUAAUCAAAGAACUGCUUGACAACGACUAUUUCAUCAUGAUAGUCCCAACGCCCCUCUACUCAUCUGCUAUAAACUACAUAGUAGGCAGCGAGUCCACUGAACAAAACGCCGGCGUUUAUUCCAUACAGUGGGCCGUCUCUGAGCUGUGCAAACAUAACUACACGGCCGAAGCGGGGCAGCUACAGCUGAUGACUAUGGGUGUGCCCGCGGCUUUGCGCGGAUUCACGCAGUCGGUUUUGUAUUGUAGGAAUUUAUUUAAGAAGUAAUGUGUAGAUUAAGGAAUGUAAGUUAUUGAAUUAUUAAAUGGUGCAAUCGG